AUGGCAGAUAAAGACAAGAUUAGUGUGAUGGAGGAAUCAAUAGGGACCAUCAACCGGCCGCUGCCAGAUGACUUCCGUUCUUAUGUACCUUGGGCUUGCAAUCAGUUAGAACUGGAAUAUGCAGUAUUCGUUAACAAAAUUCAUCAAAGUGAGCAUCAUGACAUGGGCGUAAGUGAUCGCAGCAAAGGAAAAACGAGGAAAACAGUGCGCUCCCGAGCUGACGGCUUGUCCGAUAGAACUGAAGAGAAGACCGGCACCACGCAACAAGUCAGCUUCGUUGAAGAAGCUAUCAACAUUAUCGCUGUUCACGAUUCCAACGGAGAUUUAGUUCAGAUUAUAUUCUACAAGAACAGACACAUACCACGAAUUGUAAUCAAAAUUAUCGGUCUCAUAAUCAAAUUUCAUCCUCAAUUGAAUAGUGUUGAAUUCGAUCAAGGGGCUAAUUUAUACACUAUAUAUGAAUUUGAAAAGAUUUUACCACUCUCUAAUAUAACGGAAGUUUGCUUUGACGGAACAUUCAUUCCUGACGCGAACUAUGAAAUUUUACUAGACCACGAAUUAUUGCGAUAUUUGUCUUUAUCCAGAUGCAAAAUAGAAGAUGAAAUUAUACACAAUAUAGCUCUGAAGUUGGUUUACCCGAAUCCAGCGUCUAAAUCAUUAGCUAUACUAAAUUUAUCAUCAAACCGUAUAACCAACGAUGGUGCCAAAAGUUUGGCAUUUGCAUUACGUUCCAACAGAUGUUUAAUAUAUCUGAAUUUAUCCGGCAACAAACUUACAGACGAAGGUGCCGCAAGCAUUUUGGACAGUUUGCAAGAAUUUUGUUUAACUCCUGAAGAGAUAUUAGCUUCAAAGUCUCGUUAUUGCUCAUUUUAUCUGAAGAGAAAUAAAUUAAUAGCUAAAAAAGUAAAGGAAUUGAAAGAAAGUGAUUCAGAUAAGUCUUGGGCGAAGAAAAAAGGGACGAGAUCAGUUCCUUCAAGUGUAAGAAGGAAAACAAAAACUGAUAGAGAAGUAUCGCUUCACUCCGUUCACGAAAUGCUCGCGGGUAAUGUUGCAGGUUCAGAUAGCAAUCUCUUUGAUAGAGCUACGACAAUUGUUCAAAUGGCCUUUGGAGUCUUCAUCGAUCCAUUCUCAACUAGCAAUACUAUUGUUAAAGACGAAGCAUUAUAUUGUCUAGGAAAUAAUUCUUUGUUGUGUUUGAAUCUAGCGUAUAACGAUCUGAGUUAUAUUUUUGUGAGGAAACUGCUUGGUAUCUUGUUGUAUCAGAAGCAGGCGGAUAGAAAGCCUCGUGGCUUAAUCAAUGUGUGCAUUGAAGGUAACAAUUUGCCAUUAUCAUGUGAGGAAUACAGGCUUAUUGAGAGCAUCAUCGAAAGCGGUGUUCAACGCAAUCAACCAAUCAACAAAAAACGACAACAAUCAAAAGUAUUAUCUAGAUAA